AUGCAGGUCUUUUACCUCGCCCUCAUAUUCUCCGUUAAAUCUUUUCUCCUUCUCCAGCCUUUCAGUAGCCCUACGUUUGCGGAUCAGGGUGUAACUGAUGUAAUGGAUCGUUCAAAUCAAUCUGAUACAAGCAACAACUAUAACUCUUCCGAAAUCGGCCUCAGCUAUUUGACCUCAAACAACACGGCUAAAAGGACCGUAGCCCCUACCACCGGAGCCUCUACCACCGGAGCCUCUAAUAUAGAAAAUUCUACCAUCGAAGCCACUACGACUAUGGUCCCUACCACCACAUCGUCCACCAUUACAGCCUCGCAGUACUUUGACUCUCGAGAGUGUGGAAGCCGUCGAAAAGUUAACAAAAAUAUCAGAACUUCCGACCGACUUGUUCUCAGACGAGAGCUUUCUCGAAUUACGCUACAACGAUUCGAUGCUAACUGGAGUUGUAACCUAACGCUUGAGUGCGGCCAAGACUUGACUUUAUGUUCCCCCUUGAUUUUCCUUCUUUGGCUUAGCCUUCCGGACCAUGAAUACCGGUCCGUCUCUGCGACAAAAAGCUCAAUGCCACAGCCAGAUUCC